AUGUCGCCAGGAUCAGAGUCAGUGACUGAAGAUGCGACUGACCAUGUCGAGACACCUCCUGCAAAGAGAGCCAAGUCCAAAAAGCCAGGUAUCUCCAAAGAUGACACCAACGCUAUUCGAGAGAGACGAGAAGCCGCCAUCGCUCGAAUUCUUCCCGACACCAGAAAUCAUCCUGCUCUGUACAGAGGCGUCGUUGAGCAGAUUGAGCGGAAUAAUCUUCGGUAUGGAUGGGCAAGAACUCAGCUCAAUAGCACCUUCCAGCAUUGGAUCAAGGUCUCCAACCGGACUGCUCGACCUGAACUGGAGUGGUUACUUGCUGCACUGGCAGUUCAUGCGUCCUUCGAGCCAUUGAGUCUCAAGUUCAUGGAUGAGGUUAAAAAGCGCGGACUUAAGGAAUGGGCAGAGAAACAGCUCAAGAAAAAAGACCCCUUCUCUUCAACUCCUGUUCCAGCUGAGCCAACGACACCUCAGCAAGCGCCUCAGAUCAAGGCUGAGCCUGGAAUUGAGUCUCGCAGACUGCAGACGACUCCUGGAGGAGCAAGACCUGGACAGGGAAACAGUACCGUUCUUCCAUCGAUUGAGACUGGUGCUGGCGGUACCCUGAAGCGAACUGCUUCCAUCCACCCAGCCCAACCUGCAAACAAACGAGCAAACACGCACGUGGACCAGGCAUAUGUCACUGCUGAGAUCAACAGACUCGCAGAACUUCACGCUUCGCAGCGACGAACCGUCCUCCGAGACCAAGGCACGCAGACAGAUAACGAAACUCCUGUCCAGGCAAUCCUUACAUCAAUGCAAGAGGCUAUGGGAGCCAUGAAAGAACAGUCCGAGGGGCUCAAGGAACAAGUUCGACUGCUUCAAGAACACAACAUGUCACUCUUGGAACACGACCGAGCGCUUGCUGAUGUAUCCGGAAGAGUUCGUGGUGUCAGUCAGCUGAGACACACUAGCAACAUUGUCCAUCAUCAGAUCCAACCUCAGGCUGCUGAGAUCGUUGCGCUGCAGUCGGUGAGCCGUCAGCCGCCAACAUACUACUACGAAUCCCCUCGCGAUUCCAGCAACAUGUUUAGAUUUGGAUAG